UUCGCCUCUUUCGCAACCCAAACCACUGUCAUCUUUCUCAUAGGUCGCUCUCACGGCCGGCCGUCAAGUCCCCCGCAUCCACGAAACGGCCUCUCCUGAACUGUUACCCCUAAAACCUGCCUACCAAGAUGGCUUCUGGACAAUCGUGGCUGAACCAGGACUAUGGUGGAGACGACGAAGAAUCGGACAAUGACUUCAACCCCGGGUUCGAGGGAGGGUCGGAUGAAGAGGAUGAAGGCUUUAAGCGCGAGAGCAGUGCGAAAGUACCUAAAAAUGAAGAUGAAGACGAGCACGACGAACGCCCCGCACCCGCCACGAACGGCACCAAGUCUUCCUCUCCUGUACGGAAAGAUAGGCGGCCGCCGCCAGAUGAGGAUGAUGAAGAAGAUGACCAAAAAGAACAAGGGGACAACGGUGAAAAUGAUGAAGGCGAGGGGGAGGACCUAAACGGAGAGGAUGAGGACGAGGAAGAUGAAGAAGAGGACGAAGAGGAUGAAGAUGCCAUCACCAGCCGACCCAGAAAGCGCCGGAGGCGAGGCCUGAAUCAGUUCUUCGAAGAAGAAGCCGAAGUCGACGAGGACGACGAUGAACUCGAAGCUGAGGAGGACGAUCUGGGGCCGGACUUCAUCGACCAGAACCACCCCGACGACGACCUUCCCCCUGAGGCAGACCACGAUGAUGCGAGACACAGAGAACUGGACCGCCAGCGACAGAUGGAAGCGUCGAUGGAUUUGGAGAAGCAGGCGGCAGCAUACAAAGAGCGGUACGGCCGGAGAACUACCACAGCCCUGAGCCAGGGCUCUUUCGUGCCGCAGAACCUGCUCAUGCCCGACGUCAACGAUCCGAGUAUCUGGGGCGUCAGAUGCAAAGCUGGAAAGGAGAGGGAAAUCGUCAGCAGGAUCAUGAAGAAAUACUUUGAAAGCAAGGGCCGGAACCAGCUGAGGAUCUGCUCGGUUUUCGAAAGAGGCGAUGGUCCCAUGGCUGGGUAUAUCUUUGUCGAAGCCUUGAAGAAGAGCGACGUGGAAGAAGCCCUCACCAAUGUCCCGGACGUCUAUCCGCGGUCGAAGAUGAAUCUCGUCCCCGUCAAGGAAAUGCCCGACUUGUUGAGAACCAGAAAGGACAAGGAGCUUGAAGUUGGUGGCUAUGUGCGUAUUAAGCGAGGCCUCUACAUGGGCGACUUGGCCAUGAUUGAGGACGUCGAAACCAAUGGGCUCGAAGUCACACUCCGCCUGGUACCUAGGCUUUCCUACGGCGUGGAUGAGGAUCAAGGUCGACCGGCUCUUGCAGAUGCGAAGCGCAAACGACCGAAUACUUUUGGACCAAUCAACACCUUUCAAAACCGACCUCCACAGAGACUUUUCAACGAGCUUGAGGCGAAGAAGAGGCACGAGAGAUUCGUGAGCCAGAACAGGGUUCUCACGGGGAAGAGCUUCACCUACAAGGGCGACACCUAUGAGAAUGGCUUUUUGAUCAAAGAUUUCAAGUUACAGCAUCUGAUCACCGAAAAUGUGAACCCGAAACUGGAGGAGAUCACCAAGCUCACCAAAACCGCCGCCGACGGCUCGGAAUUGCUCGAUCUCGAAACUCUGGCCCACAGUCUGCGGAACACGACUGCCGAAGGCAAUUACAUGCCUGGCGACGAGGUCGAAGUCUAUGAAGGUGAACAGAGGGGCAUUGUCGGCAAGACGGAAGCCGUCCACGGCAACAUCGUCUCCAUCAUGGUGUCCGAGGGCGAACUGACCGGUCAGCUCGUCGAGGUGCCUGUCAAGGGUCUGCGGAAACGCUUCAAGGAGGGCGACAAUGUCAAGAUCAUUGGAGGCAGCAAGUAUCGCGAUGAAGUGGGGAUGGUGUUGCGGAUCAAGGACGACAAGGUCACGGUCCUCACCAACAACAGCAACGAGGAAAUCACCGUUUUCAGCAAAGAUCUCAGAGAAGCCACUGACUCGGGCAGCGGUGGUGCAGGAAGCAGCAAGUUCGACGUGCAAGAAUUGGUGCAGGUUGACCCUACGACAGUCGGAUGCGUCAUCAGAGCCGAUCGGGAUUCCGUUCGGAUUCUCGAUCAAAAUGGUUCGGUGACGACAAAGAUACCUUCUCAGAUCCAGAAAAUAGAAGCGCGGAAGAACGCUGUCGCCACGGACAAGAACGGUUCAGAGAUCCGCAUCGGCGACGUGGUGCGCGAGUCUGGUGGGGAGGGAAAGUCCGGGACGAUUCUUCACAUCCACCGGGGAUACGUCUUUUGCCACAACAAGCUUGGUAUCGAGAAUGCAGGCAUCUGGGUCAACCGCUGCACCAAUGUUAUCACCACGGCCGCAAAGGGUGGACGGAUCACGGCUCCAACCACAGAUUUGACCAAGAUGAAUCCCGCUCUCCAGAUGAAGCGACCAGACAUGUCCAUGCCCCCUCCGCAGCGACCUGGACGAGACCCUCUUCAGGGGAAACUCGUGCAUAUCAACAAGGGAACAUACAAAGGUCACCGUGCUCUUGUCAAAGACACUACGGCUGGCGAAGCAAGACUUGAGCUUCAGACCAAGAACAAGGUCAUCAAUGUCAGCAAGUUCGACCUGUCGAUCAUUGACACCAAUACGCAGAACCGAACAAGAUUCGAAGACUGGAUCAAGCAGCGUGGCGGUCCAUCAGCAAUCAGAGCAGGACUUGGUGUACCUGGCUCUCGGGUCCCCGACGCAGGAUUUGGAGGAAGAACUCCCAUGGGCGUCAUGGACGGUGGCCGGACUCCAGCAUGGGGAACCUCGUCAAGGACGCCUGCCUGGAGUGGUCCUGGAGCUGGUGGUCUCGAUUCCGGCCGCACCCCGUCGUGGAAGGGACCUUCGGGCUCCCAGACCUCUUACGGGGGCGGUGGCAUGACUUCAUACGGCGGCGCCGGCAACUACUCCGCCAAUACCGGGUCGCGCACGCCAGCAUGGAGCUCCAGCGCGAAGACGCCCUACGGUGCCGACCACGGAUUCAGCUCCUCUGGCAAUUCGGGCUUCGACGGCUUUGCGACCGGCUCGCGUACUCCAGCAUAUAACCCAGCCUCAUCACGGACUCCAGCCUGGGGCGGGCCCGGCAGUGCCGCAGCGUCGGCUCCAACGCCAGGCGCGCGUCCCUACGAUGCACCUACACCGGGGAUGUCAGCGCCCACACCGUCCGCAUCCAGUGGUCGCUACGACGACGAGGCAUACACGCCGUACCUCAGCGCCCCGACGCCGGGCGCCUCCGCAUCCGCGCAGGACGCACCGACUCCGGCACCGCCUAGUUUCGCAAAGAGCGCAAAUCGAGAGCCACUGAAGAGCAAUCGACUGACCGUGUUUGAUGCGCCGACUCCUGCUGCGAGUGCACCGACGCCGUACGCCAGCGGUGCGUUUGACGCGCCCACGCCGGCGGCAGGGGGGCCCAGAUACGUGGAUGACGAGGACGACGAGGAGUGAUCCUUUGCUUUGGCAGCUGCGGUGUGUGUGCCAUGGCGACCGAGCUGGAGAUGAUCGUGAUAUACGAGGGGGAUGGAGAAGCUUCGGAGAUCUUGUAUCAAUACCUCAAAAACAAAUUUGCUGCCUUGGUGUCUUACUUUACGUUGCUCUAUUUGCUCUAUCUGCUUGGAGGGCACGGGCAGCCCGUCGCAGCGACUGAUUGCAUGGACUCUGCCAGAGAGGCGAAAAGUCGCCGAAAUACCAGGCGGAUUGGCUUUGCCACGCAAUGCGAUGGAAUCAGGGCAGGGCGGGGCCGAGUCACAGACAGAUGUUUUGAUAACGAGGGCUCACUCUGGGAAUUCAGGAAGGGAAAAGCCCCUUGAUCAAG